AUGUGCUGCCCAGAUGUGCUGCCCACCCCCACCUUCCUCCUAGGACUCAUGUGCUUGACAGCUUUCAGCAACUUUGCCAAGACUUCUGCAGACUUCUCAGGUUACAUAUCACAGGUACUAAAGAAUUACACUGACCAUGCCUGUGAUGGAGAAUAUGUGUCCCUGAGAUGUCCCCACAGAACCACCAUCAGCAUCCAGUCUUCUUUUUACGGCCGAAUUGUACCAAGUCAUCAGCUGUGUCCUUCUCGCUAUCCCCACUCCUAUGCAACUUUAAUUAAAGAAGAUGUUGCCUGCUCAGCUGGCACUUCUCUUCAGAAGAUGCUGGAUGAGUGCCAGGACAGGCGGAGCUGCCAGUUCCUCGUCAAUAGCCGGCUCUUUGGGACGGACCCCUGCCCCGGGACCGGCAAGUACCUCCUCGUGUGGUACAAGUGCAGGCCUAAUGAAUACAAGAGUAAAGUAGCCUGUGAAGAUGACAAGCUGAGGCUGAGCUGUAAGAAGAGCAUGGUGAUAGCCAUUUACUCUGCUAUCUUUGGGAGGACACAAGGAGGCAGCCUGGAGUGCCCUUACCAAAACCUAGGAAGGCCCAUGAUUGAGUGUCAGUCAGCUACUGCUCUGCAGCUCAUGAUCAAGCGCUGUCAUGGGAAAAGAAGCUGCAGCAUAUAUGCCAGCACCUAUGAAUUUGGAGACCCUUGUUACCCAGGCAUCCAAAAGCAUCUUAAUGUCAUCUACACCUGUGUUCCCAAGAAGCUUCUGCAUGAAACUCAGGCAGGACCAACCAAUCAACAAGGGCAUCAGAAGCCACAUUUUCCACUGCAGCCGAGAGUGUUUGACCCCGAUGUUAUAGGGGACGGCGUGUUCCUUUCGGAUGUCUCUCCUUCCAAUAUAGAGCCAGCUCUCCCAGCAGAGAAGAAGAAGGGGAGGUCAGCCACUUUCUACACUGUAGACAACACUCCCCUCCUGCUCCCUGUGGAUGAGACAGAACCGCCGGGGCUCAGCAGCAGCAGCAGCAGCAGCAUGGAGCCCGUGGGUGUCGGCACGGAGAUGGCCCUGCUCAGCAACAUCCUGGCAGCCUAUGCCUUCAUCACAGAAAACCCUGAGCGGGCUGCGCUGUAUUUCGUGUCUGGAGUGUGCAUUGGACUUGUGCUGACCCUGCUGGCCCUGGUGCUCCGGGUGUCCUGCCGGACGGACUGCAAGCGCUCCUCCUCCAAAAAACCUCCCCGGGAGCGGGAGAGCGACAGCGACAGCAGCGACAGUGACGACGACUCGGACACCACGUCGGACCUGUCGGCCCGCAGGCACCGCAGGUUCGAGAGGACUUUGAACAUGAACGUGUUCACCUCGGCGGAGGAGCUGGAGCGGGCGCAGCGGCUGGAGGAGCGGGAGCGCAUCAUCCGCGAGAUCUGGAUGAACGGGCAGCCGGACAUUCCCGGCACCAGGAGCCUCAACCGCUACUACUGAACCAUGGGGACUCCGUGCUCCUGCCCUGCGCCCCGGGGCUGCCCCACACCUCGGGCAGGAGAGGGAGGGGACAGUACAACACAGGCAUCUCCCUUUUUCCCACCAGGUGUGCCACCUGGAGCGUGUGGA